GGAGACGGUUCUUCUCCCGGCGGGCGAGGCUUAUUUUUUUUUCCUCCCCGCCCUCCGCUGCAGCGAGGCAGCCCCGUUCAGUUUGCCGGAGCAUGGCCGGCUGAUGGUCCUGGGGUUUUGGUACAGCCGCAGCGCGAUUCUCGCUGGGUCAGAUGGCGACGGCCAACAAAGGCUCCAACCCCAAAGUCGGGGGCGUCCGCUUCUCCCCGGCCCAGACGGUGGAAGGAAGUUCCAGCCAUGUUCAUUUCGAUGAGAAGCUUCACGACUCCAUGGUGAUGGUCAGCCAGGAGAAGGAUGGGGACUUCUUGGUGAAGGUUGGCUUCCUCAAGAUCAUGCACAAGUACGAAAUCACCUUCGUCCUGCCUUUCGUGCAGGUCCUGGGAACGGACAUUUGCCCAGCGCCCCUGUCGAACCUGCAUCUUAAGGUGACUGACAUCGCGCCCGUAUCUGAAGGCUACAGGGUGAAGUGCGAAUACGUGGCCCAUAAAGAAGGGGUUCUCCACGAAGAAAUGGUCCUUUGCAGCGAGAGCAACCAUAGUGCCAGCAUCAAAGUCGUGGUGCAAGCCCGAGUGAUGGACCGACACCACGGCACACCGAUGCUCCUGGAAGGCGUGAAAUGCAUCGGCGCCGAAGUGGAAUACGAUUCUGAGCAAAGCGAAUGGCAGGGCUUUGACUAGCCAGGACAUGCCCCCAUUCUGCUACAGACUCCAGCGCCUUCCCGGGGUUCCUCUACCUAUAUAGAUAUAUAUACGUAUAUAGAUAUAUAUACAU